CUCGGGGCCUCUUGGGGCCUCCUGAUUGUUUCGGGGACCAUCUUGGGGUCCUCUUGCGCCGUCCUGGACGUGCUUGUGACAGAAAUGCUAUCUCAGGAGCGCUCGAGACAGCCGAGACAUCGAACGUCUAGGGCCGUAGGGCAUAUCCACUAAUCACAUUCGGUAGUGAGAAGAGCUACCGAGGAUCCGAGCGCGCUCCGCCAGUGCCCGCGGCAUGGUGGCGGGUCCUGGGCAAGACUAACCUGAGCGAGUGGGCGAACAUCCGUUCGAGCAAGUCGACGAGCGGCUGGAGUGCAGUCGGAGGCCUCACGCGAAAUCCGUUCGCGCUCAACCGCACAGCCGUGGGCUCCAGCUCAGGAAGCGGCUCUGCCGUGAGUGCCAAUUUGGCGGCUGCAGCGGUGGGCACAGAGACGGAUGGCUCUAUUACUUGUCCAGCAGCCGCAUGCGGCAUCGUCGGUCUAAAGCCUACUGUGGGUCUCGUCUCGCGGCGCCACGUCGUGCCCAUUUCGCACAGUCAGGACACGGCUGGCCCGAUGGCACGCACCGUCCAAGAUGUUGCUUACCUGCUCACUGCAAUGGCCGGGACAGAUGCACAGGACCCUGCUACGGCACAGGCAGAUCUUCACCACCGUGAUUAUGCCGCCAGCUUGGAUGCGGGGUCGUUGAGAGGUACGCGUAUUGGCGUCGCGCGUUUUAUCUGUGGGGGCUGGGACAAGGCUGUCCAAGAUAAGUUUGAAGAUGCGCUUGAUCGCAUGCGCAACGCGGGUGCUGUGCUCAUUGAGAUCGGCGAGUUCGGUGGGGACCUGGACGCAAUAGGCAACAAAGAGUUUAAGGUGUUGUUGUGCGAAUUGAAGGAUGGCCUGGCGGCAUACCUGGCAGAAGCUGCACCAGCUGUGGAGGCCCGCUCGCUCGCACAGGUUAUCGAUUUCAACACGCGCACGGCCGACAAAGAGAUGCCCUUUUUCGGUCAGGAGCAUUUCCUGGAGGCGGAUAAGACGGACGGCAUGAAGAGCGAGGGGUACAGGGAAGCACGCGACAGUUCCCAGCGUGCUGCUGGUCCUGAAGGUAUUGAUAGAUUGCUACGUGAACACAAUGUGCAGGCGCUGGUUGCCCCGACUAUGAGUGCCCCCUGGACCAUCGACGUUGUUAACGGCGACCACUUCGGGGGAGCAGCAUCGACGCUUCCUGCAGUUGCCGGAUAUCCACACCUCACAGUGCCGAUGGGUCAGGUGCAUGGAUUGCCUGUGGGUGUAUCCUUUAUGGGCCCUGCCUGGUCUGAUGCAUGGCUACUUUCGCUUGGCUUCUCGUUUGAAGUCCACUGCCCGCCUCGUCCCAUGCCGCGGUUCGCGACGACACUGCCCGAAGUCUAAAUGCCAGACGCACGCCGAAGAUGAGCUGCCGAAUGGCUUGCCGCAGAUGGCGUCGACUUGAAACCAUAUCUGAGUCUUGCGUACCGUUUGAUACACGGUGCUUUCGUUGUUUUCCAGUUCUGCUGCAUAUCCGUGAUUGGGGCUGGCAGCCUCGCGUUGCAGGCAGUAGACAAGCUUCCUUGCUGACGAUCUCGAGGUGUGAGCAGCAAGGCUCGACGAAAUAAAGCACACUGACUUUCCCGCCUGUCUAAGCUUUGGAGGGCUUCAGUCAACUCGACAGCCCUUGAUCGAAGGCCACUAGCAGCGGCCAGUCGGCAGAUGCUGAACAUCAUUCAGCGUCGGAUUCAUUUCCUCUCGCUGGCAGCCCAGCUCGCAUUGAAGUUCGAUGUCGGAUCUUCGUGACCUUCGCGCUGCUACAUCGCUGCCACUAUGGACACAAGAUGCGCUCUUGCCAGUGGUACAGGCCUGAAAGAGUCUAACAGUAGUUUUGAGGAACACUUGAAGGCGUUCAGGGACGAGACGUAUGACGCCAGUCAACUUGGGCCAUAAACAUUUGUGGUGGUGUCGUUUUCGCCUCUGCCCCUCCGAUUGACCUCUUAUUGGCGAGCUGGCAGGGAUGCGCGAAGCGCCAGAAACUACGGCGUGCCAGCGAAGCUGGGAGCACGGGCGGUCUGUAUCGUGUUGGGCACGUGCGGGCACCACCACAAGGUUGCACUUGACACGGGUCGGCAAAAUCAG